UGCAUGGCGCAUGCUUCUCUCAUCUGGAAAAUACUUUCUUAUUUAUUGCUUUUACUUUCCAAAAGCCGUACAUUGUACGUCGGGGUUAUCAACCCAGUUCCUCUUAAAGACCCCAUAAUGGCAGAUCCAGAUAUUGAUUUCACAACUGGCGAUGCCGGGGCCUCCACCACCUACCCCCAGCAGUGCAGCGCCCUGCGCAAAAACGGCUUUGUGGUCCUGAAGGGACGUCCCUGCAAGAUAGUCGAGAUGUCCACCUCCAAAACCGGCAAGCAUGGUCACGCAAAGGUUCACAUGGUUGGCAUAGACAUUUUCAACGGAAAGAAAUAUGAAGAUAUUUGCCCCUCUACUCACAACAUGGAUGUGCCCAACAUCAAAAGGAGUGACUACCAGCUUCUCUCAAUCACAGACGGAUUUCUGUCUCUGCUUAUGGACAACGGUGACGUGCGCGAAGACCUCCGCCUGCCCGAAGGUGAUCUGGGCAAGGAAAUUGAAAACAAGACUGAGGCUGGCGAAGAGAUCAUGGUCAGUGUGCUGGCUGCCAUGGGUGAGGAGGCCGCUGUAGCCAUCAAAGCCAUGACCAGCAAAUAAAGAGGGACCAGCGCUGCUCAGGCUGCAAACAUGCUCCACUAUUACAAAUCUCUAUCGCAUUGGUUUUAUUCUAAUUGUCACCAAAGCUAUGGCCUUCACCAACAACCUCAAAUCAUUUUUGUGAUUUAUUCCUUUUUUCCUCCUUCCAAUACUGUGCUGGACUUUUUAAAGAAAUUAUUUUUUCUCAUUGGAUUGGUUGGCGUUCUGCCGAAUCACUGAGGUUUUGUUUUUAUUUUCUAUAUUUCCAAUUACUUUGGUCAUUCCUCUUUGUUUUGCCUUUGAGAAUUUAUUCUUGCCACUUACAUUCCUGAAUGUUCAGAAAAUGAUGGGAUCCAGUUUUUUGUAUGAUUUUUUUUAUAUUCCUUAGAAUGAAGAGAGCAGAACUUAUGCCUUUUGGGGGGAAAAUGAGUUUGAGUUGGAGUGUCAAGGACGACAGCCCAAAUCUCGUGUUCCCUUCUCUGGGUGCCAUACUGUUUCCUACCAUGGUCCUUUUGCUGUGCAGACGCGGUCAUUAGCCCCCCAGAUUAAUGCCCCAUCCCCCCUCAACGUCACAUGCUGGGGUGGUGGUAGCUAGCACUUAACAGGCUUUGAGUACCACCGGAAACAUUUCAGAUCACCUAAAGAAUAAACACAGAAUAAAAGGAAACUUCAGUGAUUUUUCUCUUCAAAAUGCCAGUCUGUGUUGUAUAGAAGUGGAAGGGAUGUCAUGGCCUGUGCUUGAAUACCUCUGUACCACAAUAGCAGCCAGCGUCGUCUGGCUGUCAUUGGCAACCUACAAUAAAGUGUUGAAGCCUG